GAGACGCUUGAGAAAUAGUUUAAAUCAUUUUUUACCUCUUCCUCCUCCUCCCUCUUCAUCAUCAUCAUCAUCAUCUCCUCUGUUCAUGGUUAUCAGAAUGAUAAAUAAUAUACUUUUACAAUAAUCAUUGAAACAUCAUGAUCAUCAUGGUGAUCAUUAAAUUGAUGAAGAUAAUCAAUGUUAACAACAAAGUUAAUUGUGAUUGAAAAUCAUUUUAAAAAUGGUUAACAACCAAAUCUCAGUCUUUAUAACUGUUUAUAAGACAAACUUGGUUACUUGUAACGCUAUUAUUUUAAUCAACAACAAUUAACUAACUAACACAUACACACAAUUUAUUUAUUUAUCCUUUUUUUUGUUACUGUUUUGUGUAUGUGAUUUAUUUCAUCAUUAAACUACAAUUUAAACUCAUCAAACUGUAAAUUAACACUGGAACAACAAUUAGAUUGUAUAUCAACAUGAUUCUCAUAAUCAUCAACCCGAUUACCUUUUUUAUUUGUUUUGAUAAAAUGAUCAUCUUAUUAUUUUAAUUGUAUUCACAUUGAGAUGAUGAUCAUUUAAAUUGUUCAAUAAUCAACAGUCUAUAACAAUCAUCAUCAUCAUCAUCACCAACAGGACAUGAUAACAAUCAAGAUUCAGAUGAUAAUCAUCAACACCAAUGGUUUAAUGUUAAUCAACGACACUUAAUUUUCAUCUCAAUUGAAAAGGCAAAUUGUCAACAAUAAACGCGAAAAAUGAAAAAACAAAACACAAUUUACUUGUUAAUCAUCAUCAGUGUUUAUUAAUAUUUAUAUAUAAUUACUAAUUAACGAUUAUCACUAAUCAAUGAACAAAGUAAAUACAAUUGAGUGGUGACUUUUGAUUCUUAUUGUUUUAAUUGUCACAAAUGCAAGGAGGAAAUUUUAAUCAGUGACAAUGUGGAUUAAUUGUUAUCUCUACCAUUUAAACUACGAUAUAUUUUCACAAUUAACCAAAUCCCUAAUCUCAAAGUGAUAAUCAAAGUUAAACAAUUUAAUAAUUAUCGGAUUUAAAUGAUAAGAUAAAGUUUCCAAAGGGACACUCGAAAUGGACUGAAAAAGUUAAUGGUCAAGAUUUAAUUGUCUUCCUUACCAUUUCCAUCUUCAUCUCAAUCGUAUUCAUACAAAGUGUCCAUCAUAAUCACAAUUAACUUGUCCGAAUUUAAAAUUCUAAACAAUUAAAUUGUGAAUUUUAAUUCUCUUCUCUUGUAACCAUUUUCGUUUCCAUCUUCAUCAUUAUUUUUUUUUUCUAUUUCGUUUCGUGUUUGUUUGUGUCUCUGUUACACGUUAAUUCAUCAAAAUAGCUUCGAUUAAUUGUUCGGUUCCUAUGUACAAUACUGAAUCACUUGGAACAACCAUGAGAUCAGUUACACGGGCACCAGUUACCUUACCGGAAAUAAAGAAACACUUAAGUGAUGUAAGAAAAUUUUCCUCCAAUUUAUGGUCUUCAUCUAAAGUGAAUGUGAAAAUUGACAAUUUCAUACUAACUCUUCAUUCAGUGAUUACAGUUCAAAUUUUAAUGGUUGGAACGAUGUUCGUCUCAAUGAGACAAUAUUUCGGUGAACCAAUUGAUUGUUUAACUAAAGAUUCCGAUAUUAAAGCCUCGCUUAUUGAACAUUAUUGUUGGAUUGAAGGUGCAUUCUCAGUUCUCGGCGGCGGGGAAACCGGAACCUCUUCAGCCUACCCUGGAGUGGCACCGACAACUUCAGCCUCGAUUAAGAGACACCACAAAUACUACCAGUGGGUCUACUUUGUCCUAAUCAUUCAGGCGGUAAUGUUUUAUUUGCCAAAGUUUCUAUGGCGGUCAACUGAAUCGGGACGACUCAAAGAUCUAAUCAGUAAAUUAUCGGGUAAAUCAGUGGCCGAACUAGAUGAAAACUCGAGGAUAGCCCUUGUCCAAGAAGUGGCCGAUAAUCUUGGCAUCUCUCACAAUUAUCUAAUCACCGUGAUCCUCUGUGAGGUUUAUUGUCUUGUCCAUCUUGCAGUACAAAUUUGGUUUACCAAUAUAUUUCUCGGUGGUUCAUUUUACACCCUUGGAUUAAGAUGGUUAUCUUAUGCUAAUCACUAUUCGAGCGAUGAUCCGUUAAUCUCGAUAUUCCCUCGAAUGGUAAAAUGUACAUUCCAUAAGUAUGGUUUCUCUGGUACCAUGGAGACUAAGGAUGCUCUUUGCUUCCUUCCAUUGAACAUUGUCAAUGAAAAAAUUUACGCUAUUCUUUGGAUUUGGUUUGCGAUUUUACUUGCGAUCACAACUCUCCAUUUGACCGUUGAAACAUUUUUCAUCUCAUUCCGAUCAAUGAGAAUACUCAGAGUCUCUUGGUUAGCCCCAGGGUGUAAUCAAUCUUUCGUCCGUGGUAUUUGUAAAAGAGCUGGACACUGGUUAAUCUUAAGCUUUGUCGCAAAUAACAUUAAACCCUCUUAUUUUAGGGAUUUGAUGGCUUAUCUUGAGAGAGAUCAUUUUGAUCGGAAAGGUCGACCUCUUCAUAUAUCUCGAGUUGGUGAAGCUCUUGCGGUCAAGAUAACUGGUUCUAAAGUACCUUCAGCUGGCCAGUCUACUAGUAAAUCGAUGGGAUCAAAAAAAUCGUUCAAAAAACAAUUACCCAGUUCUAAUUUGACCUCAGCGUUGACCUCAAACCUUAUGGGAUCAAAUAAACACCACAACUUAUCAACAUAUCUACGAACCAGUAAUUGUGACCCUCCUGGUCCAGGGUUUGUUAUUGGAACUGCUUCUAAUGAUUGGCGUCGUUCAUAUGAAUGGGAUGAAGAUAAUGGUACCAAUGAAGUUACCAAAUUAACUUCCGGUGUUAAUUAUGACCAUUGCGACGGGGUGAUGGCCAACGAUUGGGAGCAAAUGGGCCGUUCUCAUGUUACAACGAUCGGUGGUCGUCCUGAUGAUGAAGAUUACAGUGAAGGAGAGGGAAGGACGGGCGAAGGUUGUAGCGGUGAGGGUAACAUCGAUUGGCACAAUGAAUGGCCUGAUGAAUCUCCGACGGACGAUGAGCAAACUUAUGAUAAUCGUCGAUCAGCUAAUCAAGUCAAUUUAGAUUUAAACAAAAAAGUUAUUUGGCCAAGUCAAUGAAUCCAAUUCACAAUAAUUUUGCCAUUGAAAAGGAUCAAUCAAUCAAUCAACAAACAGAAAAUCAAUUCCCAUUCAUUUAUAUAUAUAAUAUUUAUCAUCGUCAUUGACUAAUUAUUAUCAUUCUCAUUAUUAAUCAACAAGAAAAAAACAACAAUUUGUAUCAACUAAAAGUGUAACUUCAAUGCACGAACCUUUUUUUUAUACAUUAAUCAGAACUCAAUUAAUUAUAAUUCCCUAAAUUACAAAAUCUUUUUGACACUUAAACAUGAAUAUUAAAAAUAUCCUCUAAUUGUCAUUAA